GCCAGGCUCUGCAAUCCCAGCUGCCACCCUAGAGCCUAGGCUGGGGCCGCUGCUGCAGCCAAAGGCGUCAGGAUCCCAAUGAUCUGGAUAUGCAGCUUUUGAAAAUGGCAUACUACAACUGAGAUGAUGCCUUCCUUCUAUUACAGAUGAAUACAAUGUGAACUUGGCAAAGAGGCUUCCAGUACAGUUGAAUGAUUGAAUUCUAUCAAAGGAAGAAUUACAUGAAUUCAGCUUCCCAAAACAACACUGGUGACAGAAGGAUCGAUCAUUUCUGCUACUGAUGUCUGAAUGCUUGGAGGACUAACCUCUCAACCGUGCUGGUACCAGUUCCUGAGACCAUCAUGGGACCUGAAGGUAGCCUUCUACAUAGUGGUCAGGUGCACAUCAUCAUCUGGGGGAGUUUGGCAGCUGUCGCAACUUUCCUACUCAUUACCUUCCUCAUCUUUCUGUGCUCCAGUUGUGAAAGAGAAAAGAAGCCAACACAACAAAGUGGUGACCAUGAGAACCUAAUGAAUGUGCCUUCAGAUAAGGAGAUGUUCAGCCAUUCAGUUACUAGUUUGGGUACUGAACUUCCUGCCAGCAGUGAACAAAAUGGGGGCCUUACCAAUGGAGACAUUCUUUCAGAAGACAGUGCUAUGACAUGCAUGCAACAUUAUGAAGAAGUACAGACUUCUAUUUCUGACCUGUUGGAUUCCCAGGACAGUACAGGAAAGUCAGCGAAAUGUCAUCAAAGCCGAGAAUUACCUAGAAUUCCUCCUAAUGAUUCCUUGGAUACUAUUCUUACCACAAGAAAUGUGGACAGUGACCAGGGUCUUGGGAUGGAAGGGCCAUAUGAAGUUCUCAAAGAUAGCUCCUCCCAGGAAAAUAUGGUGGAAGAUUGUCUGUAUGAAACUGUGAAGGAAAUAAAGGAAGUGGGAACAGCAACCAACCUAGAAAAAAGCCGGAAUGGAAGACCAAAUUCUGUAACUGCCUUUAAAGAGAUUCAGGGCCAUCACCCUUUGAACAAAGUUGAGUCUGCAGAAUAUGCUUCUGUGGACCGAAAUAAAAAAAGUCGACACAGCGUCAAUGCAGAGAGUGUGCUUGGAAAUUCUUUGGAUGUAGAGGAAGAAGCCCCACCACCUGUCCCUGUAAAACUUCUUGAUGAGAAUGAAAAUGUGCAGGAUAAAGCAGAUGGGGAGGCAGUAAAUGAAGGGGCCACAGAGAGUUCUAGUCAAAUCAACAAGAGACUUAGUUCGCUGUCUUACAGAUCUCGAGAGGAAGACCCAACUCUUACAGAAGAAGAGAUUUCUGCAAUGUACUCAUCUGUAAGUAAGCCAGGACAGACUCUUAAAGUGCCAGAAUCCACAUACUCCUGUAUUCAAGAUGUAGCUCCAAAGAGAUCUCCAUCUUCUGGUAAUGAUCUCUAUGCUACAGUACGGGACUUUGAGAAAAACCCAAACAUCACCAUGCCUCCACCAGUAGUCAAUUCAAAUGGGGAGCCAGAGCCUGAUUAUGAAGCGAUCCAGUCAUUGAUCAAAGAUGAAGAAAAGACCAUCUCAGUGGCUAAUGGUAACCACAUCACUUUUCCAAAAGAAAAUGACUAUGAAAGUAUUGGAGAUUUACAACACAGCAAAGAUAUCACCAGACUUUAAUGCCAAGACUUUUUUUAACAUUAUACUGUCAGUAGUUUGGACAUGUUUCUCUAUCUGAAGAAAAACAGAAGUUCAUAAUAAAUUACAAAUUGUGCAUUGCUUUAGAGAAUUGAAAACAAUGGAGGGGCAGUGACCAUUUUCCAACCUUCCCAAGCAAUAAGGUACCCACAGAUAUGCACUCACACAUAUAUAAUAAUAAUAAUAAACAAACAUUUCAUCCCCCUCCCUAAAAUGGUUCAUUUCCUCUCACAGUGAAGAUAAAAAUGUUGGUGGUUCCCAAGGAUGUCCAAUAUUUUAAAAUGAACCAUAUUCACUAUAAUGUACAUCACUUGCCUAAAAUACUGCCUUUCAGAAGAGCCAGUUGUUCAUUGUAUUUUGCUGCCUGCUGAAAAAUUUUAAAUGAGUGGCUGUUUUCCUUCUCACCUUCAAACUGAACAACUCACCCCAAGGAUUUUCUCCUCCAAGGUUCAGGAUUUAUACUCCAACAUGGACCUGUUGGGAUGGUGGGGAACUUGGCUAAUGUGUUUGCCAUCCCAAUCUUUGCUGUUCUUCAGAAAGCUGCUUAUUCAGCAGCUGAGGAUUCCAACUCCAGCCUACGAAUAGGAUUGGAGACCUUCUGUGAGUCUCUUCAGAGUUUUGUCACUUCUUAGGUUGGCACUCCACUAGUGGCCUACAACAAAAGUACUUGAAUUCAGUUUCAGAUGCUUUAUUUUAUUUUUCUAGUCAAGAACUUUUUUCAGUAUUUUAAGAAGAUUCAGAAUUUUUUCAGUAUUUUAAGAAUGUUAUGGUACUUAUAGAAUUCUUUUUAAUUAGCCGGGAACUCAUUAUUUCAAACAGAGAGCCUUAAUCUUUGUGUUUGGACACAGAUCACAUAUUUGGACAGUGGCCACACUGUCUGGCUCUGAAGGGCUGGGAACAUGAAUGUGUUUUUCAAAGUAUCUCUCCUGUCCACAUUAUAAGAGUCUCGACUGGCUUGUAUAAGCCAUUCUCAGAAAUUAAUCUAGAUUCAGUAGAGCAUUUGUAAGCGUUUAUUUUUAGUAUGUAAAUAUCUACAGCAUUUUGUUUUGUGCCUAGGUCCAAAAGAAUAUCAGAAAUUAUGUAAAUUAACUAUUUUCAUUUUAUGAUUCAUUUAUAAUCUUGAAAAAAGAGAACAAAAACUCAAAAAGCACAUAAGCUAGUUAAUUACAGCUAGUUGGUUGAUUUUUUUAACCUUUCUCUAACUACAUAUGUAAGUCUUUAAAGAUUAAACUUUUCAAAUGGUACAUGGAGCUCCUGAUCAGAAUCACCUGGGUAAAUGAAUAAAUAAAAUAAGUGUAUGUUGCUCAUCGGUACUAGUACUUUAGGGUACAAAAUUUUAGAAAUGCUUGGUUGAAACAGUUGCACAGAGAAGGACAAGGAAUCUUCCUCCAGGCUGUCACUAUCCCUAGUAGGUGCUUAUCUGUCAUUUCUUUCAGGUCAUUACAAUCCAGUGAUUAUUCAGUCUACAUAAACAAAUUUUGAUGAGCAGUUAGCAAUUUUCCUGCCUUUUUAUACUAACCUGUGGCCAGUUAUCAGAAUUCAAGGAAGAAUGUGUUCUGGUCUAGGCUGACCUUCCAUGUACCCACUCAGAUCUUACAAAAUGACCAUUCGAAGAUUUGUCCACCAUUCCUAAUUCAAAAAAAAGAAACCUCAUUAUUGGUAUCAUUGUGAAUGGUGGUUUACAGUCAUUGGAAAACUACAGGUUCUUCUGACCACUAGAAAGGGAGGCAGUUAUUCUGUAUUGCUAUUGAUAGCUGUCACCUCUUUGGUUUCCUGACUUGUGCUGUUUUCCUUCUCUGUAACAAGGAAGGUGAUUUGGGAGGCUAAAGCUGCUUGAAAAAUACAUGGAGUUCCAUGGAUGUGCUUUCCAGCAGGUGUAAUCAUUGCUUUGAUUCUAUGGCUGCUCUAUACAUUUAAUUAAAUUUACAAUUCUGAAAUAACAAGAUUAGCUUAGUAGGAAGAUUAGCUGAUUAGCUAUCAAGCAUAGAUUUUAUUUCUUCAGAGACCUGAUCUCCUGCUAAGACAUUAGGGGUACAACAAUAGUCUUAGCAAUAGAAUGUAAACUAGACUAAAUUACGUUUCCAUAGUACAAGAAAAAUGGCAGCAUUCCUGGAGAUCUCAUGCUGCUGAGUAGUUGAAAAUCUCUUGUUUAGGGUAUCCAGACAUCCAUGAGCACAAGUGAUUGUUAAGCACUUUCUAGUCAAUGAAUUAGGAACUUAAGAGGGUACAAUCAAUUCUUUUAUAGGCCAUAGGGUCUCCAUUCAAUGUCUGUUAAUAGUAAUUAUCACAUAUUCAUGGCCAUCUAGGCUGUUCUGUAAAUAAUGGACUAAAUUAUCACCUCUUGGUCUCAAGAGGUUAUUAUUCAUCUCUAAAUGCAUUUCCUAACUACAAGAAGAGUAACUUGGUACUGAGGAUGACAGAACUUUCUAGAGAUAAACCCUCUUUUUUUGCAUAUAGUCAUCAUUUUUCCCCUAACAGCUUUCAGAUGUGGAUUCUGUGUGCCAGAUUUAUAAGAUAUGCAUUGCACAUCUCUCUUGAUUUUGAGGACCCCUGACAGGGGGAGAUGUGAGGUCUGUCAGUUAAUUAACAGGUUGUAAAAGAAUAUUCAAAGAACCUGAUUAAAAGUACUACCCCCCGCAACACACAUUUUCUUUCUCUCUCUCUCUCUCUCUCUCUCUCUCUCUCUCUCUCUCUCUCUCUCUCUCUCUCUCUCUCUCUCUCUCUCUCUCUCUCUCUCUCUCUCUCUCUCUCUCUCUGACUCUCACUCUUAUUCUCUCUCUUGCAAAGAUUGGAUAAUAGCACAAUCAUUUCUAUUGAGGACAGGGUAUAGAGAAGAGUUUUCCAAGAUACUAGGCAGGGCAUUAUAUGCUUUUUCAAAGAAAAUUACUGUUUUCCUUUAUGGUUCUUGUUGGACAUUAAACAACAAAUGAAUCAUUCGUACAAUUUUCCAUACUUCUACCACAGUUGAAAGAAAAUCUGAAGAGAGAAGUUAGUCACAUCUACCAAACCCUAGGCUGUUAAAAUUCAAAUAUACAUGAAGGAUACCUUUUAUGAAUCAGUUGUGUUCUUUUUAUGAAUUAUAUGAGAGUUCUUUAGAUAUGUGAAAGAUCUGUUUAGUUCUUCCAUACAUCCAAAUUACAACUUUGCCUGAAAUGAGCUGCUUAUAUUCUUUUGACAUUGUUAUUGUUUUAAACUAGAGAUGCUUUAAAAUUGCAGUUUAAUUUUUUAUGCCCAUUAUAUUUUUUAACAGAAAUUUUAUCAGAAAAUGUGUUUGAAGAAUUUGCAGGAACAAGUUACAGCCUAGGGAAAAAAAUAGCAAAUUUCCCCAAAAAUUAAUCUAAUGUUUAUUAUUGCAUCUCCUGUCCUAAUAUAAAUUAUAUCACUAGUUCUUUUAAAACAUUUUAAGGUAUAGCUCUUCCUUAGGCAAAAGUUGAUGAUCAUUGUUUCAACUGCCUCAAAGUCGCAAGAAUCUAAGGAACUGUGUUUAAUUAGGUGCUAAAAUUAAUGGCUGAUUGUCAACACAAAGCAAUAUUGUCGUUUUUCUUCACUGUGUGACAGAAUCUAUUUAUUCAAGAGAACAUGUUUUCUUAAUUUUUGUAAUUCUGUGUAUUUAUUCUUUUUUUAACUGGUAUUUUACAAAGUGAAAGCACCAAGCACCUGGUUAUCACUUACACAUAUCCCUGGCACUCAUUGAAUGAGAAGCAGUCAGUUAUGUGCCAUCUGAAUGUUCAUCUGAGAGAUCAGCUGAACUGUUGUCAGAGAAGCAAGUCUGUAACAUAUUCUCUAACAUAUGGUGAUUUAAAGGAAAAACUUUCUGAGGAAUUCUGACUCCUUAAGCUUUUCUUAUAUGAAAACAUUCAAAUUCUUCAUUAUCACUUAGAUCUUCAUAAUUUUCCCUGCUGCAGCAUAAUCCCCAUUGAGAAGUUUUCAUCACUAACUUAAGAAAGUUUAUCUUGUUUUUUUGACUCAUGGAGAGGAUAAUGGAAAUGUAAAUGUGCGUACUCCUCAAAUAUGUGUGUGGUAGGACAUUUGGCCUAAAGCUUUAAAAAAGGGGGAAAAACAUGUAAACAUGAGAGACAACAAUGGAGCCAAUGCAUGGUGACUCCCCAGACAGCAAUAGCCAAUGAAAACAUGGUGGUUAUCUUAUUUCAUUCUUUUUAGUUAUUUCCGCGGUUCUAGGCAUGGAAUCAGUGGGCAGUAAAGUAGUGUGGUUUCUUUCUUUCAAAAGAAUGUACUCCAUGGAUGGCAGCAUGGCUAUAAUUUCAAGACUUCUGCUAUUCCAAAAGUCAUUCACAUCAAGACUGAAUUGCAAUUUUGUAAAUGAGUAAAUGCCAAGAUUUCCUUUCAGUCCUUCAUGUAAUAGUCAGUCUCAUUCAGUGUGUUAUAGUGAUACUGUUCUUCUCAAACUGUUGAUGUGUGCUGCUCCACCAGAUUAGCAUUGGCUGCUGAGAGCCCAGUAGGUACUGAUGGUUAUUUCCUGGAUAUCUUGACAAGUUUAUUGUACAAUGCUUUUGGGGAAUUGGGGGUUGUAGGGUUAAAAUAUAAUGUUCAGUGUUAAGUGACUUAUGUGAAAAUAGGAACACGUCUAUAAAUAUAGUAUGGCCUUUAUUUAUGGUGAAACCCUAAUUUUGCUGUAAUAUCUUCUUGUUUUGUACUGUAACUUUCUGUAAAUGCUUUAAACCUCACUGUGCCAUUAGAUGGUUUGAACAAAAUCUAGCCAAUAGAAUAACCCAAAGUGCUAAGAUUAGAAUGAUGAGAGAACAGUCCAGAAAAUCAUGAUAAACUGGAGUUAACCAGUCAGUAUUAUCAGAAUACACUAGGGGAAAAAAAGGAUGAAGAGAAGAAUAUUCACAUUUUGUAAAUGUGCAAAUGAAGCUUCAUUAUCCCUGUCCUUCAUUUUAUCCAGGCACAGAGAUUUGUAAAGUGUUUGAUGGCUUUUCCUAAUGUUGCUUUUUUUUUAAACCAGUCUCCCAGAUCCCUUCAAAAUGUCACAGGAAAAGAGAUCUGCAGUCAUGUGGUACUUCUCAGUUAUCAGCCAACUUGGUACUAUCUUCUCUUAGUACAAUUAGAUUAGAUUUUGCUUGGCAGUAUGCUGCUUGUGCACCGUGGGUAUUUGUCAAAGAUGUAUUAUGCUCUACUUGUCUCAUCACACAAUGUAAUGUGUUCAAAAGGCUGGUAAUUACCAUUCCUCAGACUCCUGUGUUUCAAAUCUACAGAAAUAAAAUGCUUCUGUGUUACCUUUUAAA